AUGGACGACCUCUACGAUGAGUUCGGUAACUUCAUCGGCGAGGCUGCUUCGGACGAAGAGGGAUCCCAGGAUGGCGUCGCGGGCCAGCACUACGUGUACGAUGAGGAGUCGGACGCGGAAGAACAACCCGCUGCGGAUGGAUUGAUGGAAGUCGAUGAUGAGGGACCAUCAAAUGCUGUGAUUCUACACGAAGACAAGCAAUACUACCCGACGGCGCAACAGGUGUAUGGCGAAGAUGUCGAGACCAUGGUGCAGGAGGAAGAUGCGCAACCACUCACACAGCCCAUCAUCGCUCCGGUCACGCAGAAGAAGUUCCAAGUUCAGGAAGCGGAUUUGCCGCCCGUCCAUUACUCGAGGGAGUUCAUGUCAGAUCUGCUCAGCUUCCCAGAAGGAAUAAGAAACAUUGCUGUCGCCGGACAUCUGCACCAUGGCAAGACUGCGUUCGUGGACAUGCUGGUCAUGCAGACGCACGAUUUACAAGAAAGACUAGAUAAGCGCAUCGGCAGAAGGAGGGAUGAGCAACUGCGAUAUACCGACACGCACUUCCUGGAGCGAGAACGGGGACUCUCGAUAAAGGCCGCGCCAAUCAGCAUGGUCAUGCAGGGUACGAGGGGAAAGUCGCAUAUUCUGAACAUUAUCGAUACACCGGGGCAUGUCAACUUUGUCGACGAGGUGGCCUCGAGCAUGCGCCUAGUCGACGGAGUUGUUCUUGUAGUUGAUGUGGUUGAAGGUGUGCAGAUCAAUACCGAGCAGGCCAUUAAGCAUGCCGUCCUGGAAGAUCUACCUAUGGUUUUGGUCGUUAACAAGAUGGACCGCCUAAUCUUGGAGCUCAAGAUUCCGCCAACCGAUGCCUACUUCAAGCUGAAACAUGUGGUCGAGGAAGUCAACACGGUCAUCGAAAACACCAUCCCAGGCAGAGGUGAAAAGCGGCGGUUAUCACCUGAAAAGGGAAACGUCGCCUUUGCUUGCACCUCAAUGGACUGGGUCUUCACGCUACCGUCGUUCGCCAAGAUGUACGCCGAAACGUAUCCUAAAGUGGAAGCCAACGAGUUCUCGAGGAGAUUGUGGGGAGAUAUCUUUUUCAACCCUCGAAGUCGGAAGUUCACAAGAAAAGGUGUAGAAGAAGGCUCGAAGCGAGCAUUUGUGAAUUUCGUGCUCGAGCCGAUCUACAAGUUGUACGCACACAGUAUCAGUGAGAGCCCCGAAGACCUCGCGCCAACGCUGAAAACCCUCGGCAUAACAUUGAAACCCUCACAGCUCAAGUCCGACGCCAGGGACCUGCUCAAGCUUGUGUGCGCACAGUUCUUCGGGCCAGCAAGCGGGUUCGUGGACAUGGUUGUCCAACACUUGCCUUCCCCAGUGGACGGCGCAAAACGAAUGCUGGACAACUAUUAUACUGGACCGCUCGACUCAAAAGUCGGAGAAGCGAUGACAAAAUGCGACUCGGAUGGGCCCUUGGUGGUGGAGGUGACCAAGCUGUUCAGUUCCGUGGACGCGAAGACAUUCCAUGCCUUUGGACGCAUACUCUCCGGAACAGCAUCAUCAGAUCAAGUGGUCCGAGUCCUGGGAGAGUCUUAUAGCGUCGAAGACGAAGAAGACUCGACCAUGUCUACAAUCACAGCAACUCACCUCGCUUGCUCCAGAUACAAUAUUCCUGUCUCCGGCGUACCGGCCGGCAAUCUUGUUCUCCUUUCCGGCAUCGACAAUUCAAUGGUGAAGACGGCUACCGUGGUAGCUGAGAAGUUUCCCGACAAUGAAGAUGCCUACAUCUUCAAACCAAUACGACACUUCACCGAGUCAGUUUUCAAAGUUGCGGUUGAGCCAGUCAAUCCAUCAGAACUCCCGAAAAUGCUCGAAGGUCUACGGAAGAUCAACAAGUCAUACCCUCUCAUCACAACUAAGGUCGAAGAGUCCGGUGAGCACGUCGUGCUUGGUACAGGGGAGCUGUAUAUGGAUUGUGUUUUGCAUGAUCUGCGGACACUUUUCGCUGAGAUGGACAUUAAAGUUUCUGACCCGGUAACUCGAUUCUGCGAAACAGUCACCGAAACGAGCGCCAUCAUGUGCUACGCAUUGACACCCAACAAGAAGAACAAACUCACCAUGAUUGCCGAGCCGCUGGACGACGGCGUCGCCGAAGAUAUCGAAGCCGGUGUCGUUAAGAUUCGCGAUCCAAUCCGGAAGGUGGCGAAGUUCUUCGAAGAAAAGUAUGAAUGGGAUAAACUCGCAGCCCGAUCGAUAUGGGCAUUUGGGCCUGAGGAGAUGGGGCCCAACAUCCUGUGCGACGACACGUUACCCUCGACCACGGACAAGAAACUGCUCAAGUCAGUGCAAGAAAGUAUCAAGCAAGGUUUCUCUUGGGGGACACGAGAGGGCCCACUCUGCGAAGAACCUAUCCGCAACACAAAGUUCCGGGUCACAGGCGCCGAGCUAGCACCCGAACCUAUCUUCCGCGGCGGAGGACAGAUCAUACCCACGGCCCGUCGAGCGGUGUACAGCUCCUUCCUGAUGGCCGGCCCGCGACUGAUGGAGCCGGUCUAUAGCGUGCACAUGACUGGCCCGGCCGAUGCGGUUUCUGGCCUUUAUACCGUUCUGAUGAAGCGACGAGGGCACGUCGUUUCCGACGGCCCCGUGGCCGGAACGCCGCUUUACGCAGCAAAAGCUCUCAUUCCCGUCAUAGACAGCUUCGGCUUCGAAACUGACCUCAGGAUACACAGCCAAGGCGCAGCGAGUGUCUCCCUGGUCUUUGACCGCUGGGACGUCGUACCCGGCGACCCACUAGACAAGAGCAUCAAGAUCAGACCCCUAGAGAUGGCAGGCCCGCAGCAGGCGGCUCGGGAUUUCGUGUUGAAGACGAGGAGGAGGAAGGGCCUGAGCGAGGAUGUGGAUGUCAAGAGAUUUUUGGAGCCUGAGCUAUUGGCCGGACUGAGAGAAAGUGGUGUCUUGGAUUGA